GGACAUCUCUUCUGGCCUUCUGAGGGCAUGGACGGUUCGGAGGCCGUUCCGUCUGAGCGGACCAGCCUCGGGGUUCGCGCAGAGGCGAGCAAGAACGCCCUGGACGUGAAUGAGCGCUACGAGUUGGAUCGUACGAUUGAGUGGAUCACAAGGGGCGGAUUUGAAAGAGUUGCGUUGCAGUUUCCAGACGAACUUCUUGGCGACAGCUCUUCGGUAGCCCUUCACAUAAAGAGGUCGGUCAGCGACUACGAAUGCCGUGUGUUUAUCCUGGCGGACACCAGUUACGGGUCGUGCUGCGUGGACGAGAUAGCCGCCGAACACGUUCGGGCGGACUGUCUGGUUCAUUACGGUCCGGCGUGUUUGAGCAGGACGAGGCGUCUUCCUGUUUUGUACGUGUUUGGCGUGCGGGAGCUGGACGUUCGAGCUUGCGGUGAGGCGAUUGAACAUCAAUUUGGCCGAGAUCCGGUGCUCGUUUUUUACGAUGUGCAGUACAGCCGCGCGAUUCCUGCGCUCAAAGAGCGCUUGUCUCAUUUAUCCGAGAUAGUUUGGACGGCCUUGAGAGCCGACGAGGGUGACCAGGACCCGAGCGAGGAACAACGCUACAGCCAGUUUGCCGGAAGAACGUACCGUUUGCCUGUCGGACAGGUCGAGCGCGAUUACAGAAUUUUGUUCAUCGGAGAGGACUGUCCGCUACUGAGGAACCUGUUCAUGACGUUCAAUCAGAGUUCGGUUUGGUCCUGUUCCGAAGGAGGUCGGAUUCAGAGAGAGGGCGUCAACGUCAAUCGAGUGCUGGCUAAAAGGUUUUGCUUGGUAGAGAAAGCGAAACAAGCAAGUAUUUUUGGCAUCAUUGUGGGAACUUUGGCAGUAGAGAACUAUUUGGAGGUGUUGCAGAGGCUGAAGCGAGUGAUCGGGCGUGCAGGGAAGAAAUGCUACAUUUUUGUGGUAGGUAAGUUAAAUGUACCCAAACUUGCGAAUUUUGCAGAAAUAGACUUAUUUGUGCUGAUCGCAUGUCCGGAGAGCAGCUUGAUAGACACGACCGAGUACUUGAGGCCGUGCAUUACACCAUUCGAGCUGGAGCUGGCGCUUGGCGAAGGCAAGGAAUGGACUGGAGAAUACAGCUGCGACUAUCAGCGCAUGAUGUCCACGACAGAGGAGUCGGGAGAAGGUGAGUCUGGGCGCUCGAAAGGCAACGGCUCGGCGUGUGUAUACGAUGUGGUUCGCCGAGAAGAGAUGUCUCUGUGCUCAGCAGCAAGCCACCGAACCGCAAGCAGCGCGUUUCUAGAGAGGACAUUUCGCGGACUAACCCAAGAGCUAGACGAAGGCCAGGAGGCCCACCGCGCCGUGCACGGACUAUCUGGAAUUGCAUGUGAAUACGAACACGAAACGCAUUGAGAAACGCGGACCGCGCGAUUCAAGAGGCGACUGCGAAACCGGUCGAUAUUCUGUAAA